AUGGAUCUUGUGCUGGCUAAAUUAGCAGAGGAAUUUGCACUAACAGAAGCUUCCCGUGCAAUCGUACGAAUCAUUCAAACGUUCCCAGAGCUCAGGUUGCCACCUAAAACACCUAGUGUUCCACCUGGCGAGGAGAAGCAGGCUUUAACGAUUGUGGCUAUGAGCGCAGAAGGAUGCAAGGUAUUGCUGGAUCGAAAGGGAAAUACGUAG